AUGUCGUCAGGAUAUACGGCCAUUGAGGCCGAUGUUGUGGAACCAGAUGUCGUUGUUCCACAAGGACAAGCUCAAUCACAAGCUCAAGUACCACCACCUCCAACAUAUAGCGACUCCAAUCCGUAUCCAAAUCAAGCCACAGGACUAUUGACUCAACCAUUAACCAAUGAACAAGCAAGCCAAUUAUCAUGGAUUGAACGGAUAAAACAAUCCUCACAUCCCGUGGCAUUGGUAUGCUACAUUUUCUUCCGUGUAGGAGCCGUUUUCGACUAUUUGUUUGGGAACUUCAUCAUUGGUUUAAUCACAUCCCAGAACAAAUUCAUCUUACACUUUAUAUCACUUAUAAUCUUAAUCUCCGCUGAUUUUUGGAACGUUAAAAACAUUUCCGGUAGAUUAUUAGUGGGGUUAAGAUGGUGGAAUGAAGUGAAUUAUACCAAAGAUUCACAUGGUUCAUUUGAAAACGUUUGGGUAUUUGAAACUGCGGAUCCAAAUCGAUAUAUUCAUCCUGUUGAUUCCAAUAUCUUUUGGACUUUAUUAUAUGCCCUGCCAAUUGUUUGGGGGGGGUUAGCAGUGGUCUCCAUUUUAAAAUUCCAAUUUUUAUACUUGAUAAUCGUUGGUAUAGCCCUUACCCUUUCGGCUACUAAUGCUAUGGCCUUCACUAAAUGUGAUAAAUUUGGUAAAGCCAAUAAUUUAGCCACCAGCUUCUUUUCAACGGCCACAACCUCAUUGUUCUCCAGAUUCAAUCCAUUUACAACUCAAUAG